AGAACUCAAGAACUCAAGAACUCAAGAACUCGAGAACUCGAGAACUCGAGAACUCAAGAACUCAAGAACUCAAGAACUCAAGAACUCAAGAACUCAAGAACUCAAGAACUUCUCACCAACUCUCAAUAUCAAACCGUCUGAUCAUCAUAUACAUACCCAGUCCCGUCAUAAGCAUAAGCAUAAGCACAAGCACUUUACUUAUUCAUAUUCCUUGUCAUCAUCAUCGCCCUUUCAUUCGUCAAUGUUAUUUGUCCACGCGGCGACGUGCUCAGACUUGGUCCAAAAAUUGAAUGGCUGAGAACGGAUCAACAUCCACAUCUUCCGUAAGUAAUCAUUUACCAAGGUACGGUACAGGACGCAGUCUAGCUACUUAUUCCACCAUACCAUCCUUGGCCUUAUCGCAUUUGCAAAAUUCAGGUCCGGCCCAAGAAAAGCUAAAACCACGUCAGGUUUGCCCAGUCGUUACACAGCCGCCGUCGCUCAAUAUUUCUCAUUCAAUAGCUUGAGGGAGAAAAGAAAGAAGGAGAAGAAGAAGAAGAAGAAGAAGAAAGGAGUAAAAUAGAGAAGCUGAUUGCGCUUCACUUCAUCAAUAUAUUUGAUUGUCUUCCAUUCACGCCGAACAAUCUCACAAACUUAAUUCAAACAUACGAAAAACAUUAUCAAACUUCUUCAAAGAUUGUUUGAAACCUCAAUUGUCGAAGAGGACGAAAGUACCUCGAUUAUCAACAACCUCACAUACUUCGUCCAAUUUCUAUCGCAGACAUUGGUUUGAUCGUUCGAUCCCGUUAAAAUCAUCAUGGGAUUAUUCACAUCACCUACUUCCUUUCGACUGGCCAAUCUAGCUACCAAUAACGAUGUCGGCGCAUCUUCUAUCUCAACACGAUCCCUAACAGAUGUCGCGUUCGGCACUAUGGCAAAUGACCAUUCUUCACAUCCUGCCCUUGGUCAUCUUAUACUAUUAGUCUUCGAAGCCGUCAUGGAAGUCGUAUGUGUUAGUUUACCCGGUUAUAUCGUGGCAAGACAAGGAAUGUUCGAUGCAGACAAACAGAAGUUUGUUGCAAAUCUCAAUGUUGCGCUCUUCACACCUUGUUUGAUCUUCACCAAAUUGGCAUCUCAAUUGACGGCAGAUAAAUUGGUCGAACUUGCAGUCAUCCCAGUUAUCUUCAUCGUGCAAACAUUGGUCUCAUAUCUAGUUUCGGUAGGGGUUGGUAAGGCAUUUGGGUUUGGAAAGAGACCGGCCAACUUUGUUACUGCGAUGGGUGUAUUCGGAAAUUCAAACUCUUUACCCAUUUCCCUCGUCAUUUCAUUGUCGCAAACAUUAAAAGGUUUACAUUGGGACAAAAUACCUGGAGAUAACGACGAUGAAGUUGGCGCAAGAGGUAUCCUAUACCUUCUCAUCUUUCAACAAUUAGGUCAACUAGUUCGUUGGAGUUGGGGUUAUCAUGUUUUACUUGCACCACCCGAAACCUAUAAGGAUGAAGAAGAAGGACGAUACAGAGAUGAACCUGUUCUAAUCCCUGGAUUGGAUGGCGAAGAAGAUAAUGAUGAUAAUGGUGAAUCGUCCUCGAAUUCUUCCAAUUUCGGUGGCAGAACACCAGUUACCCACGCUUUACAUGACAAUUCCGAUGAAGAAGAACCUGCAAAAUUACCUGGUAUCAUGGCCACACCUACGAAUGGAAAUCACUUACCAGGCAACAAUAAUGAUAUAACUUCAUUCCCAAGUAUUCGAACACCACCAUCCGAAGAGGAAUUAGAAAUUCCAGAUGGAAUUCGAGGUUGGAUCCCUAGGGCAAAAUUCCAUACUAAACGAACCGUCGCUAAAGCAUCUCAUCAUACCUAUCAUGCUUUACCAACUCCUGCUCAAGGACUCGUCACGAAAGUUUCAAAUUCUACCAACAGAUUUUUAAAUGGUCUUUGGGAAUUCAUGAAUCCCCCCCUCUGGGCUAUGCUUCUCGCUGUGAUUGUCGCAUCUAUUCCAAAACUUCAACACCUUUUCUUCGCUGAGGGAUCUUUCAUCGCCAACUCCGUUACACGAGCCGUCUCUCAAUCAGGAGGUGUCGCCGUUCCCCUCAUCUUAGUCGUCCUCGGUGCGAACCUUGCUAGAAAUACACUUCCUCAACAUGUUCUCGACGAAAACUCAGAAGAGAAUCAAAUUGGCACAAAACUUCUCAUCGCUUCCUUGAUCUCCAGAAUGUUACUUCCAACAUUGAUCAUGGCACCACUUUUAGCUUUAACAGCAAAAUAUGUUCCAGUUAGCAUAUUGGAUGAUCCAAUUUUCGUCAUCGUCUGCUUCUUGUUGACAGGUGCACCUAGUGCUUUGCAAUUGGCGCAGAUUUGUCAAAUCAAUGGGGUUUAUGAGGGAGUGAUGAGUAAAUUACUUUUCCAAAGUUAUGUUAUUUGGAUUUUGCCAAGUACAUUGAUUCUGGUUAUGUGUGCCUUGGAGGUUGUGGAAUGGGCUGCUUAGGUUGAGUGUUGAUGAGACGAGUGCUUUGAGUUGUGUGUCCGGAAAAGGGGCAUUCGAUUGAAGGUUGAAUGAUGAGAUGGAAGUGGAAUCCAUUCACGAGUCAAGUGGAUGGAAAAUUCGAAACGAAAAACAAAUAAACUGUACACGAUAGGCAUACAUGGAUAAGGCUUGCGCCAGGAAAACCAUAUGGAAUUGUAUAUUUAUUAGGUGGAUGAAAGGUUGCAUCAGCGUGGCUCGGCGUUUUUGGGAUAUUAUUUUAUUUUAAUUUGAUCAAUGCAGGGUAUGGCAAUGAUGUACUUGUAAUGCGCACAUGUUGUGGAUUUUAGAAUGGGGUAGCUAGAGGGAAAGGAGGAGGAGAGGAGGAGCUUAAUCACGAUACCAUAAAAUACGUUUGAGAAGUUGAUAAUAGCUACCUACCUUGCAAUCAAUCA